AUGGCGCUGAAGUUGGUACUAGUUCUGGGUUACUUCGCGGUGUGCAGCAGCAGUCCUGUACUUAUUAACGAUAACAUAUUUCGUGACGGACGCGGGUUCGCUAUUGGACAAGCCCAAACUUACGGUCAGACUGGACAGGCGACUGGGUAUGCCACUGUCGACGACAACAGCGCUAGCGCAUAUGGCAGCGCAUCUUCUGAGCCGCAUGACUACUACGGACAGGCAGUAGCCAACGCUGAAGCAUAUAAUACACCAUACUACACCUCCGCCAAUGCUGCGGCUCAAAACGUUCCAAGCUACUACAUCCCACCGCCUGUAAGCGUGGUCACUUACGAGCAGAGCUUCGAAGUACCCAAGGAGUAUGUUAAUAGGGCGGAAUCCUCAUCUGUAUUGUACGGCAACAACGCUGUGACCUCAACGAAAACAGAGGGCCAGGGUUACGCCCAAGCCAAUGGCAUCGGAAGCUAUGGAAUCACAUCUUCAAAUGCGAACUCAUUCGGUCAGGGAUCAGCUUCGUCUACCGCUAACAAUGCCUACGGAAUGGGCAUGUCAGCAACAAGGACCCAAGGAUAUGGAUCCGCGUACUCUCAGUCACAGAACAACCUCGGAUCCGCCUCGUCCAACUCUCAAAGCAACGGCGGUGCUAGCUCCGCGUAUUCCUCUAACAACGGGGAUUCAAGCUUGGCGACAUCUAAUGCCAACGGUUUUGGAUCUGCCUCAUCUAACGCCCAAAAUUACAAAGACUACAACAAAAAUCAGAAGAAAUUUGGUUGGCACAUCGGUACGUCCUACGUUGUUCCCUCGCCCAAGCGCAUUCAAGCUGUAAGUUCUUCCUACGGAGGAUCUGCAAAGUCUAGUGCCUACACGAAUAAGUACGGCAACACUCACACGUCGGUCAACACUCAAGGUCACGCCUCUGCCAACUCUAACUCAGGAUAUGGCCACCAGUAUACAAAUUCAGUGGCCAACUCAAACGGAUACGGUUCAGCCAAGUCAUCAGCUGGAAACAGCUACGGUUCCCUCAACUCUCAAGCCAGCAGUUCCGGGCAGGGUUACGCUCAAUCUUCUUCCCAACAUGCAGGAUAUGGCUACCAGAACCCUAGUUCUGCUAACGCCCAAACUUCUGGUUUAGGGUCAGCGUCUUCGGUCGUGAGGGGAGUGAAUGCGUCUUACAGAGUAGCAGAGUCUAAUGCUAACAGCUACGGUACAGGAUCCGCUCAAGCCAAGUCCCAUAGCUAUUAGUCAAAACAAGUGAAGCGAAUAUGUAAAGACG